AUGCUACGGAGCUGCGCUCCGGGCUCGCCGGGUCACCGCCGCCUCCGCCGCACGCUGCCCCCCGCCGCCUCCGCCGUCCGAGCUCGCCUGAGGGAGGUGAGCGAUCGCGCGGGGCGCUGCGGGCUGCGCUGGGGCCUGUGCGGCUGCGCAGGCAGCGGGGAAGGCAGCGGCUGUGCGCUGGAUACCUGCCUUCUCUCCCCUCUCUCCCCUCCCUCCCUUCCCUCCCCUCUCCUCUCUCCCCCCUCCUCUCUUCUCUCUCUCCCCUUGCAGUGUGCUUCGCGGAUCCCAGAGGCUGGAGCACUCCUCGACCUACUGGGCAAAUGUCCUGAGCACCAGAAGAAAGGAGGCUUUCCCGUGGUGGUUUUUGAGGGCCUGGAUGCCACAGGCAAAACCACCCUCACCCAGUCUGUUAAGGACACCCUCAACGGCGUUCUCCUCCGGUCCCCACCAGCCUGCAUCAGCCAUUGGAGGACAAUAUUUGAUGAGGAGCCAGCGCCUAUUAAAAGAGCUUUUUAUGCUGCAGGCAACUACAUCCUGGCUUCAGAAAUAGCAAAGGCAUCCACUCAGGCACCUGUCAUCGUGGACAGAUACUGGCACAGCACAGCGGCCUACACAAUUGCCACUGAAAUAAAUGGGCAAGUCCAGGAUCUGCCACCAGCGCAGGACGAGGUGUACCAGUGGCCUGAGGAUCUCCUCAGACCAGACCUUGUCCUUCUCCUGACUGUUGACCCCGAGGAGCGAGUCCGGAGGCUUCAGCGCCGAGGGCUGGAGAAGACAAAGGAGGAAGCAGAGCUGGAAGCUAAUGGUUUGUUCAGACAAAGAGUUGAAGAGUCCUACAGAAGGAUGCUGAACCCUUCCUGCCAAGAGGUUGAUGCCAGCCCCUGCAAGGAGGAGGUCCUCAAGACAGUGCUGCAAGUCAUUAAGAAACAGUGUGGUUGGUGAAAGCAGCUCUUGGAAAAUAGCACCCAAAGGACUGCUUUUUUA